CUCUCUCUCUCUCUCUCUCUCUUAGAUAUGGCUUUCUUUGCAACAAAAAAUAGUGUCUUUUUCUCUCUCUCUACAAUGCUUCUUGUUUGUCUCACUAAGUUGACUUUGCCCAUUUCUCCGAUUAGCUUUGGAGGGGCAAUUUUGGUUGUUCCUCUCCUUACUUACAUCAUCUCUUCCAUGGCAUCCUCCUCCAAGCUCCCUCCUGGCCCUCUCUCCAUUCCCAUCUUUGGCAAUUGGCUCCAAGUUGGCAAUGAUCUCAACCAUCGCCUUCUUGCGACGUUGUGCAAACGAUUCGGCUCCGUCUUCCUCUUGAAGCUUGGCUCCAAGAACCUCGUUGUCGUCUCCGAUGCCGAGCUUGCUAGCCAGGUUCUCCAUGCUCAGGGUGUUGAGUUUGGCUCCCGACCGCGGAAUGUCGUGUUUGAUAUUUUCACUGGGAAUGGCCAGGAUAUGGUGUUUACGAUUUAUGGAGAUCAUUGGCGUAAGAUGCGUAGAAUCAUGACGUUGCCGUUUUUCACGAACAAGGUGGUGCACAACUACAGUGGCAUGUGGGAGGACGAGAUGGACUUGGUGGUUCGGGACCUUACGAGUAAUGAGAAGGUCCAAUCUGAAGGGAUUGUCAUAAGAAAGCGCUUGCAACUUAUGUUGUACAAUAUCAUGUACCGAAUGAUGUUUGAUGCAAAGUUUGAGUCCCAAGAUGAUCCUUUGUUCAUUGAAGCAACUCGAUUCAACUCGGAGAGGAGUCGGUUGGCGCAGAGCUUCGAAUACAACUAUGGAGAUUUCAUUCCUUUGCUCAGACCAUUCUUGAGGGGUUACUUGAACAAGUGCAAGGAUUUGCAGAGCAGGAGGUUGGAGUUUUUUGACAAAAAUUACGUCCAGAAAAGAAGAGCGAUAAUGACGGCCAAUGGAGACAAGCACACGAUAAAUUGCGCCAUGGAUCACAUCAUAGAUGCUCAACUGAAGGGUGAGAUCAGCGAAGCAAACGUAAUUUACAUCGUGGAGAAUAUCAACGUUGCAGCAAUAGAGACAACAUUGUGGUCGAUGGAGUGGGCAAUAGCGGAGCUGGUAAAUCACCCGAACAUCCAACGCAAGAUCCGGGACGAGAUCACGAGCGUCCUAAAAGGAAAGCAAGUAAGUGAAUCCAACCUCCAUGAACUGCCAUACUUGCAAGCAACAGUGAAAGAGACAUUGAGGCUGCACACUCCAAUACCAUUGUUGGUGCCACACAUGAACUUGGAAGAGGCUCAGCUGGGAGGCUACACCAUUCCUAAGGAAUCCAAGGUUGUGGUGAAUGCAUGGUGGCUGGCAAACAACCCCGCCUGGUGGAGCGAUCCGGAGGAGUUCAGGCCGGAGAGGUUCUUCGAGGAAGAACGUGGCACCGAGGCGGUUGCGGCCGGGAAAGUCGAUUAUCGAUUCUUACCGUUCGGGGUCGGGAGGAGGAGCUGCCCUGGAAUUGUUUUGGCAAUGCCAAUCUUAGGGCUCAUUGUUGCCAAGUUAGUUUCAAAGUUUGAAAUGAAGCCUCCAAAUGGGAUGGAGAAGAUUGAUGUGAGUGAGAAAGGAGGCCAAUUCAGUCUGCACAUUGCCAAUCACUCAACUGUAGUUUUUGAGCCAAUAGUAGCUUAACAUGGUUUGAGCUAUAUAUGUAGAAUUAAUUAUAUUGCAUUUUUUUAGUAUUUAUUGUAAUGUUUUUUAUUUAAAGAUUGGUAGAAUAAUAAACCUUUCAAGGAGAA